AUGCUCAUGAGCAUGUACAAGCAUCAGCUGCCGCGCUGCAGCGCGGCCGCCGCGGCGGCCGGUGCCGCGGCCGCACCGCCGCAGGCAGAGGCUGACGCCUCGGGGCUCUCGACGCUCGUCGAUGCCCAGAUGACGUGGCCUGCGCGCACCCACGGCGCCGGCACGCUGCGCGAGGCGGACGCAGGCAAGGAGAUCACGGUGUGCGGCUGGGUGGACCGAAACCGCAAUAUGGGCGGCCUGUGCUUCCUUGAUGUGCGAGACCACACUGGUCUGCUGCAGGUGGUGGGAGAGCCUCAGACCCACCCUGAGGCCAGCCGCGCCGCCGCGCGCCUGCGCUCUGAGUACGUGGUGGCAGUUACCGGGCAGCUGCGGGUGCGCAAGGAUCCGAACCCGAAGCUGCCGACGGGCGGUGUGGAGCUGCUGGCCACGAGCAUGAGCGUGCUCAACGGCGUCGGCCGCCUGCUGCCAUUCCCUGUAAGCGAGGCCGAGGAGGGGGAGGCGCCCCGCGAAGAGCUGCGCCUCAAGAACCGCGUGCUGGACCUGAGGCGACCCCAGAUGAACACCAACCUGCGGCUGCGCCACCGCCUGGUGCGCACCAUCCGGCGCUUCCUGGAGGACGGGCACGACUUUGUCGAGGUGGAGACGCCGCUGCUCACGCGCAGCACGCCGGAGGGGGCGCGCGACUACAUAGUGCCGUCGAGGCUGGGCGCCGGCGAUUGGUAUGCGCUGCCGCAGAGCCCGCAGCUGUUCAAGCAGAUGCUUAUGGUCGCGGGGUACGACAGGUACUACCAGAUCGCGCGGUGCUUCCGCGACGAGGAUUUGCGCGCCGACCGGCAGCCUGAGUUCACCCAGCUGGACAUGGAGAUGGCCUGGAUGGAUCGGGACGCAAUCAUGGGGCUCAUGGAGGAGCUGAUCGCCACCAUCUUCAGGGAAAUCAAGGGCGUCGACCUGCCCCGGCCCUUCACGCGCCUCACCUACGCCGACGCCAUGGCAUGCUUCGGCAGCGACAAACCAGACACGCGCUUCGGCCUCGAAUUCAAAGACGUCUCGUCUGCAGUGGCCGGCUGCGGGUUCAGGGUCUUUGCGUCUGCUGUCGCCGACGGCGGCGCCGUCAAGGCGAUCGUGGUGCCCGACGGCAAGCGCAUCAGCAACAGCCGCGUCAAGCCCAAGGGCGACAUCUCAAACGAAGCGGUCGCAGCGGGUGCCGCGGGCCUGGCCUUUAUCCGCGUGCAGGAGGGCGGCGCCAUCGACGCCGCAAAGCCCAUCAAGGAGGGGCUCAGCGCGGAGCAGGCCGCGGCCCUGAUCGCCGCCGCGGGCGCGCAGCCGGGAGACCUGCUGCUCCUCGCCGCGGGUCCCGAGGCCACCGUCCACCGCGCCUUGGACCGCGUCCGCCUCUUCCUCGGACGCGAUCUGGGCCUGAUCGACGCGUCCAAGGAUUCGCUGCUGUGGGUGACGGACUUCCCGAUGUUUGAGUGGAACGAGGACGAGCAGCGACUGGAGGCGCUGCAUCACCCCUUCACGGCGCCAAACCCGGAGGACCUGGCGGCAGCGGACGGGGACGUCCGGGGCGCGCGCGCGCUGGCGUACGAUCUGGUUUACAACGGGGUCGAGAUCGGGGGCGGGUCGCUGCGCAUCUACAGGCGCGACAUCCAGCAGCGCGUGUUCGACGCCAUCGGCCUUAGCCAAGAGGAAGCUUCCGCCAAGUUCGGGUACCUCCUGGACUGCCUCGACAUCGGCGCGCCGCCGCACGGCGGUCUGGCCUUCGGACUGGACCGGCUGGCGAUGCUGCUGGCAGGGGCGCCGAGCAUUCGUGACGUCAUCGCGUUCCCCAAGACGACGCAGGCGCAGUGCCUGCUGACGGGCGCGCCGGCGGCGGUGGCGGACAGGCAGCUGGAGGAGCUGCAUGUCGCGGUGGUGGAGGAGAAGCCCAAGGGGCAGCAGCAGCAGCAGCAGCAGCAGCAGCAGCAGCAGCAGCAGCAGCAGGCGGCAGCGGACAGCAAUAGCAAACAGUAA